CCAAAGCAACGGAAAGAGCGGGAGGUGGAGAAGGAGAGGGUGUUCGGCCGUGACCUGGGAGAGCAUCUUCUGCACUCUGGUCGUGAUGCCAGGAAUUUGAGUGUGAGCAGGUUCCUGAGCUAACCGUCCGCGACGUUCACAGCGCGAGCUCCCUCUGCAAAAUGUACUUCAGGGAGCUCCCGACCCCCCUGCUGACCGACCAGCUGUACGACAAGUUCUCGGAUGCUGUUGGUGCCACUACGGAGGAGGAGCGGCUGGUCAGAAUGCGGGACACCAUCCAGCAGCUGCCCGCUCCUCACUACAGGACCCUGGCGUAUCUGAUGAGACACUUGGCCUGUCUUGCUGCAAACAGCUCUGUCACCAACAUGCACGCCAAGAACUUAGCCAUUGUGUGGGCUCCAAACCUCCUAAGAUCACAGCAGAGCGAGUCUGCCUGCGCCAGCGGGAGAGCUGCCUGCACGGAACUGCAGACGCAGUCGGCCGUGGUGGAAUUCAUCAUCGACCACACAGACGUCCUCUUCUGCUCCACAUCUGGACCUGACAUCGCAGAUGGAGCAGGGCACAGUUCUCUCUCAGGGCCCCAGUCUGUGCGGGCCUCUUCUGCCACAGAGCUGCUCAGCCUGGAGGAGGCGCAGGCACGGAGGCGAGGCCACAGCAGCUCUCCUGUCGUUGUGACAGAGAGCAGUGACAUAGAGGUGGAAGAAGGCCCCAAAGCUGUACGGGGCAAAUUCCACACAGUCAUUGACUUUCUAUCUGAAAGUCCACCCAGCAGGAUGAAGGAAUCACCAUCUGGCUGUUGGUGUUCCUGCUUCAGCCUGGGAAAACCAUCCUCCGUGGCCAAACGCCAACCGCAGCGCCGUCCCAGGGAGCCCUCAGAGACAGACAUUGUAGUCCUGGCAGGUGAUUCGAGCUCUUGUCAACCCAGAUGUCCCAGAGCAAGUAGCGAUGCUGGGCUGUGUGCUUCCACCAAUGGAGAGCUCUUGGGAAGCACAAAUGGCUGCGGUUCAGCUGACAGCCUGCCGCAUAACAACAGUGAUGGACACAAGGAGCUCAUCCAAGUCCAAGCCCUCGUUUCUCCCAGCUCUGCUGAAGAUGCUGACCUGAGCCUGUCACGCACCACAGGCACCAGCCUGGACUGUGACCCAGUGCCUCUGCAGUGCAGCCCAGCCCAAGCACAGCCUGAGUGCCCUGACAGCAGCACCUCUGUGCAGGAGCAGGUCAGCAACAGCGAGGAGAAGCCGUGCCUCUUGGAGGGGGACUUAGAAUCAGGCCUCCAGUCCCAGGCACCGUGCAGCAUCUCUGAGAGCUCUGAGCCGCUCUCUCCGUGACCUUUCCAUCCAAGAGAGGACGAUUCCCAUCUUUACCUGGACCUCUCACGCCCUCCUGUCUUUUCCUUUAAUAAUAAAAGCACGCUUGUGCUCACUCAA